AUGGAUAUCCGUCUGCUCAAGUCCUCCGACCUCCCCCUCAUACAGCACGCCAACCUCGAGAACCUGCCCGAGAACUACUUCCUUAAAUACUACCUCUACCAUGCCCUCUCGUGGCCCCAGCUCAGCUAUGUCGCCGUCGAUGUCUCCCGCCCCAAGCGUACUCCCUACGACUACCCCAAGAUCGUCGGCUACGUUCUGGCCAAGAUGGAGGAAGAGCCCACCGACGGCGUGCAGCACGGCCACAUCACCAGUCUCAGUGUCAUGCGUACCCACCGUCGUCUGGGUAUUGCCGAGAAGCUGAUGCGUCAAAGUCAACUCGCCAUGGUCGAAACAUUCGGUGCCCAGUAUGUCUCCCUUCACGUUCGUGUCUCCAACCAGGCCGCCAUUCACCUCUACCGCGAUACCCUGGGUUUCAAGACAGAGAAGGUUGAGAACAAGUACUACGCCGACGGCGAGGACGCCUACUGUAUGAAGUUGGACCUCAGCUACAUUCGCGAGCAGAUCCAAGACGAGCGCAAUCGCGAGGAGGAAAAUGCGGAAGCUGCUGACGAGGGCGAUGCCGUCGGUGAUGUCGGCCGUGACCCUAACGCUGCUACGGAGAAGAAGCGCAAGGUCAAGGUCGGCCGUGGCUUGGGCGUCGGCGAGCUGGUUGAAAAGAACGAAAGCAGCAAGAACUAG